CGCACCCACAAUAUCCAUACAUGUACAUAAGGGCUUAUUGUCAAAGAUUACAUACAUGGUACCUCUUCCGUAAGUUUAUCAGUUAACAAUUGGGUUGGAGGGCUGGAUCAAGUGUAUUUAAGGGAUAACUGCAACAAAGAGGUCUUUCAUGUGUACUCUGCGAAAGCUCAAAAUCGUCAUUGGCUGUAAUGUAUGCUUCAUCAGAUCCCACCUACCAUGCGAUUGCUGGGGCAGUCAGCGGCUGCUUGACAAGAUUUAUCUGUCAACCCUUGGAUGUUGUCAAGAUAAGAUUUCAGCUACAAGUGGAGCCAAUAAAAAAAGGUACUACCAGCAAAUAUCAAUCAAUGUUACAGACAUUUAGGCUCAUUUCAAAAGAGGAAAGCAUCUAUGCACUUUGGAAAGGCCAUGUUCCAGCCCAAUUGUUAUCUAUUAUUUUUGGUACCAGCCAGUUUUAUACAUACACUAUUGUAAAUCAAUAUUUAGAAACUUAUAGUCUCCUGAAGGAAAAGGAAAAAACAGUUCAUUUUAUUAGUGGAGCUACAGCUGGCUGUUGUGCUACCAUGAUUACUUUUCCCCUGGACAUUAUAAGAACCAGACUGAUUGCGCAAUCAUCUCAGAAUAUAGCCUACAUGGGAACUCUACAUUCAUGCAAGACAAUAUAUAAAACUGAAUCUUUCAAGGGUUUCUUUCGAGGCUUGUUACCUUCAUUACUUCAAAUUGCACCUCAUGUUGGUCUGCAAUUCGAAACGUAUGAAAUUAUAAAAGACUUCAAGUUUUUGCCACACAACGAGGAUGUUCAUCAUCACAAGCAGGUGGGAAUUGUAAACAGCCUGGUAGCUGGUUGCAUAGCUGGCCUGGUGGCCAAAACUAUUGUCUACCCUCUUGACUUGGCUAGAAAACGACUGCAGAUACAAGGAUUUGAGCACGGAAGAAAAGGUUUUGGUGGAUUCUUUUACUGCACUGGUCUGAAGAAUUGUCUUUCCCUGACAAUACAAAAAGAAGGAAUAUCUGGCUUAUUCAAAGGCUUAGGACCUAGUCAGUUUAAAGCGGCUUUAACCACUGCAUUUCAUUUUACUUUUUAUGAACAAGCUUUAAACGUAAUUCAAAAUGUUGCUGGCACAAAAUAAAUCAUCAAUGCUUGUGUCAAUUAAGUUGAUAAGUAAUAACUAUGUUAAGCCUGUAAAAAUAUUAUAAUCAUACUAGCUGAUGGCGACUUUGUUCAUAAAAAAUCAAGUAUUUUUAUACAUUUUUUCCUGAAUACCCCUCUGAUUAUUUCAAUACGUUCUCAUGUAUUUGCAAAGCAUACAGACCAUUUACAUCUGUAUUGGAGA